CCCCAGCGAUUGGGCGAUACAUAACUAUCUUCGCUUGCUCGUCUGCUCGACUGUGCCCGUGUUUGUAGUCGACGCUAGAGUGUUCAACUGUUCAGCCGGAAUACGGUGCUAGUGGUUCAGUCAAACUGUUCGUUUUGAAAAUGGCAUUCAGUAACAACAAAAUGUCACCGUUACUGUUCCUAGUUCUAUUUGUCACCGCAUCGCUAUUGGACUACACAGUCGGUGAAACGUAUGAAUGUGGCAUCGAAAAUUAUGGCCCGGAAAACCACAACUAUUGUGUGUUCCGAAAUGUGAACUAUUCCAAAAAUACCACCAGCAUUGCAUUCAAAGCUCCAGCCGCCAAGCAACAACGCAUUGUCUUCGAAAAUUCGGAUAUGGAACAUCUACCUAGGGAGUUUCUGGAGAAGUUUGGAAACGAUUUGAAGGUGCUCAAUGUCUCCGGAUGCAAACUGAGAUCGGUAGUCAUACCAAGAGCAUUGGAAGAGUUGUAUGCCAUUGAUAAUUUCAUAGAGAAAGUAGUUGUCCAUCAGAAUGCACAAAACUCACCCAUGAAGGAGAUUUAUUUGCAGUCGAACCGGUUGAAGGAUAUAUCAAAUAUUACAAAAAGCUGCAAGAAUGUGAGGAUUUUAGACCUCAGUCGGAAUCAGGAACUUGCAACCGAAAGUAAGUUCGAUCUGUCGGUAUUCGAUGGUUUUACACAGUUAGAAUAUCUUCUACUGGCCGACGUCGGAGCAUUUUAUCUGGAUUAUACCAGAAAAUUAAACAUACCUUCUCUGACUUUGCUGGAUUUGUCUAUGAACAAUUUGCUACCAAGUGAUCUGCGUUUGGAGCACCUGUCUAAUUUAGAGAAACUGGAAAUGUUGCGAUUGAAUGAUAACAAUAUGCCACAGUUAGAUUAUUCGCAGCUUACCGAAAUGAAAUCUUUGAAGCAAGUGUUCCUCGAAGGGAACUCCUUCGAUUGUGGAUAUCAGCAAACGAUGAUCAAGUUCCUCAAUGAGAACAACAUCCAAACUCCAGUCGCUCGACCAGCAAGGAGCUGCCACGCUGGCUUCAAGAUUGAAUCGCAGAUGUGUUGUAAAUCAGAUAAUAUGAUGCUCGGAAAACCAAGUACUGCUCGUCCCUUCCUUUUGACUGGUACCAUUGUCCCAGCCGUCCCACAAACUCCUUUGCUCAAUGAAGCCACCACCAAUCGAAUGGAUAACGAUGCCACUAAACCAAAAUCGGACAUGAACUCAGAUAAUGGAGUUACCAGUGUCCGCAUGAACAUUGUAUACAUUCUCGCAUGUGUCGUAAUGAUUUUACUGAUUCGUGAGUAAAAUCCUCACAAAUUACUUAGAAAAGUCUGAACAAAAAAAAACUUCUUUCGAUUCGAACUAUGUUCAACCGUGAAUCAUUCAUCAACCAUAGAGCUUACAAAUAUUGGCUGCACUUCUACAUGUUUUGAUAAACUGAUCGCUCACACUUAAUCCAAGAACAUAAGCAACAGUGAGUGAAAUUUAAAAAUGAAUAAAAAUAUAAACCCCAUUUUCCAUAUCAUCAAUCUGCACCUUCCUCGCGACACAACAAUUCGCAAUUGUGUAUGGCUUAACUUCAAAACUUUAACCGUUACUCGCUUAACAUAAAUGAAAAUCACAAUAAAGUUGCCUCUUUUCCGUCGGGGAAUCAAAACACCAUAUAGCUGUUAAAUGGUCAACCACAUGCUUUUCCUCGGCACAGCAGAUAUGGGAACAUUAGGAUAGAUGGAAGUGCUCUUAAGUAUAACGAACUGAAACACGGUGUUUGGAAAUAUUUUGUCACGUCACGAUCGAUCUGAGCCAACGUCCUGGCGAAAAUCCAAUCCGUCAGGCGACUAUGAUAGAGCUCCAUAUGUGCGUCAGCAGCAACCAUUGUAACUAGAUAAGAAUAACAUAAAAAGUAAGACAGUGUGAUUGGAAACGUUAACCAACGAACCCGGUGAUAUGUCGGAACAGAAGAGAAACAAAAACAUCCAGAAAACAAUAUCAGUAAUCAAUUAAUCCCAUUAGGGAAAGUAGGGAAAUAGUCUUUCGAGAAAACCAGAAUAGUGCUAGACUUCCUUCUCUUUUAUUUUGCGAGCUAGAGCUAAUGUAAUUUCGAUAAUUAUACAAAGGAAUGGAAAAAGGUUACCUUGGAAUUAGCUACAUGUUUUUCUUGUUUGCAAAUAUUCGCUUCCACUUCGGAAUUCCAAAAACUUCUAAAAAUGUCGCAUCCUUUUAGCCGUAAGGAAACAAUAUGUAUAAUGUUUUAAUGCGAAUUAUUCGUUAUUUAUAAGUUUUUUGAUAAUAAUCUUUUAGGUACAAAUGAGUUUUUGAGGAAAAGUAGAACGCCCCAGGACAAAAAUUCAAUAUGAAUUAUAUUUGAAUGUCACAUUAUUUCAUAUUACAUAACACUUAGAGAUUUCCAUUUUCACAUCGAUAUCCGUUUUAAAGUUGUGAAUUGCAUCAUUUGCUAGAAGAGGGAUACAUUCGUUUUCUCCUUUUUUUGUGAUUCUAAAGAAAGUAUAAAAAUGAAAAAGAUUUAUUCUAAUCUUCAACUUAAACUUUAACCUUUCAAAUCUGGCAGUAAAUUUAUGACACAUUUAUAUUACACUGGAGAGUUCCAAAAAAAAAACAUUUCUUAAGGAAAAUUUUUAUGAAGCUCAAAAAACUUUCUCAGAAUAUUAAACUAACUAAAUUCAAUAGCUCGAUCUGAAAUGUAUUCUAAUUCGUUUAGGAGAGGAAACCCCAACUUUUAGAGAAAACAAAAAUUGGCAUAAACUCAUCCGUCCGGCUCAAUGAUGUCAACGGAUGAAUAAGUCCAAAUGCACUUGUUUUCAAUAAAUAAAAUAGCCUUCAAACAUCAUUGCUUAAUCUAUAUAUACAGCAAACAACGACAUGAGUCCGAUUCGAAAGGGGAAAAAAUAAUUUUGAGAUUACCACAGUAAUUUUAGUUGAUCAGUUUAAGUAUUAUCAUUUAUAAAUAAAUCUAGUUGUUCUCUAUACCAAACACUGAGGAUAUUGUUCAGUAGAAAUACAUCCAUUCUAGUCCAUUUAGCCAUACCAGUAUCGAUAAUCCUAACAGAUGAACCCAAAUAAACAGUCGAUUAAAUGAAGACAAGGGCCAAACGACACAGAUAUGUAGAAACGUUGAAUAUUUUAGUGUGGUGAUUUGGUAGUUCUUUUUAUUACAACAUAAAUGACAUAAUUCGUCCGUACAUGAAAUGACAGCAUAUGGCAGGAACCGUUGUUAAGUUAAGCAAAGCUUUCUACGUGUUUACUUCAGUGCUCCUUGAAAAAGAUAUGACAAAUGACCCGAUGAGAACGUACUCAAAUGUUUGUCAUUAUAAAAUAAUGACGUUAGAAUAGCAACUGUAGAAAUGGUGGAUUGUUAGAGACCGCACUGGUCAUGGUUUGGCUUUUAGCAUACAUUUUUAAGAACAGUGUGAACUGCACGAAAUGUAAGGUAAGGACAUUUGCUAACGCAUUUUAUAGAUUUUAGUCAUUCUAUGUCAGCAAGUUAAUCGCCAAAGUUUACUUGUUUUUAGCAUGUGAUACACAAUAAAACUUUUGCUAACAGAA